ACUAUAGGAUAUUGGCAACACUGAAUUGUCAUCUGUAACACUAUUUUGUAAUUUGUAAAUAUUUGCGAACGAAUCAAUCAAUCGAUAAUAAUUAUUAUACACUACUCACUACUAGUCAUUUAUAAUGAAUAUACCAUUUCCAACUUUAAUGCCUCGUUUGGUAGACACUAAAUGGUUUAAAGCUGAUAGCCCUUGUGAUGAAGAAGCCGAACUCACCACCCUAGAACAAGAACAUCAACACAGCUUAACUUCUAUUAUACAAAAGUUUACUAAGAGGGAACCCAUUGGCAAAACUGAGCCAGAGACAAUGGAAGAGGAGGCUGAAUCUGAUGAAGGCAAUGAAGAAUCAGAAGAUACAGAGGAAUCACAUGAUGAAGAUGAAGAAUUAAGAGCUCCAUAUUCACCAUCCCAUAAUAAUAAUGAGAUAGGUGACUCUGUUGACGACCUCCAGCUUCCAGAGGAAUAAAUUUAAGUUAUAAAAAUCUAAGUAUAUUUAUUAUUUUAUCAAAGAUUACAAUAAGUUGUUAAGGGGUGUUCCCUGCUGAAACAAUAAAAUUUCAUUCACAA